CAAAUUGGUUGGCAAGCUAACGCUAACUAACGAAGCAAGUGUCAAAUUACAGUUACGUUUUUCUUACAUAUGUUGUGCUGUGUUAUCCAAAUAACGGCAGCAGUCAGCAAUGGUAGAUGAAGUAGACAGCGUUAGCAAUUGCUGUUGUGGCUUUCCAUUAUCUCAGUAUUGCAAUAAAGCAACAACGUCAGGCUAACUUAGAACAAUACCGACUAUUGGUAACUAUAGCUAGUGAUUUGUAACCCGACAGGCAAACGAGCUAACGCUAAAGUUAGUGCUAAUUUAGCCGCUACAUUCUGGUGUCUUUUCCCACUCUGUUGUCAGUUGUCGUGGUGCAAGGAAGCCAGGAUGGAUCCAGCUCUACUGAAGGAGCGGGAGCUGUUCAAGAAAAGGGCUCUGUCCACUCCAGCUGUAGAGAAGAGACCGGCUGCCUCGGACUCUGGAUCACACAAGAAGAAGAAGCCCAAAGUUGAGAAGGAGAGCUCCUCAGGGUCCAAACACAGUGCUGAGUCUAGUAAUGGCAACUUUAACAUCAAGACAAGCUCUGGGUACAAAUUUGGCUGCUUAGCCAAGAUAGUCAAUUAUAUGAAGACAAGGCAUCAGAAUGGUGACACACACUUCCUGACCCUUGAUGAGAUUCUGGAUGAGACCAAACUUCUUGACAUCAGUAUGAAACAGAAACAUUGGCUCAUGAAUGAGGCGCUGGUCAACAACCCAAAAAUUGAAGUCCGGGAUGGAACGUAUGGCUUCAAGCCCAAGUACAACCUGAAGGACAAAAAAGCCUUACUGAGGCUGCUGGACAAACACGACCAGCUGGGCCUGGGAGGAGUGCUGCUGGACGACGUGGAGGAGGGGCUGCCCAAUUCAGCCAAGGCCAUCAAGGCUCUGGGGGAUCAGAUCAUCUUCGUGACAAGACCAGAUAAGAAGAAGAUCCUAUUCUACAAUGACAGAAACUGCCACUUUGCAGUAGAUGAAGAAUUCCAGAAACUGUGGAGGAGUGUUCCAGUUGAUUCCAUGGAUGAAGAGAAGAUUGAGGAGUACCUGAAGAAACAAGGAAUCUCCUCCAUGCAAGAAACAGGACCAAAGAAAGUGUUACCAGUUCAAAAGAGGAAGAAGCAAAGUGGUCAAAGAAAGAGACACUUCAAGACCCACAACAACCAUCUGGCAGGCGUCCUGGAGGACUAUUCAGAUGGAGUCCCUGUUAAGAAGUGAAAUCCUGUCACUCGCUGUUUCAGACCCUUAGUGGAGUGAAGUUGAGUCUGUAAAUCACAGAUGGCAAGAGAUGCAUUCCCUGGCCACCCUAUGAUACAAAAAUGUUUCCAUGGCAAACAAAUUAGCUUCUUUUCCUUUCUUUCUUCUCAUCUCAGUUAUCAGUGGUCUUGUAUUUCAUGGGGAAAAUAGCAACUGUGUUGUGAAAUCCUUUUUAAUUAAUUUACUGAUCGGUGAUAACCAAAGGACAUUUGAGGAAAAGAGCACUGAGCCCAUUAAGGACAUUGAAUGGUGCGUCAACCCUACUGUUAAAAUAUGAGGUUAAAGUGUGUAAAUAUUUUUUUUUCUUUGUUUUAUUUAGCAUAUUGGAACAGAGAUGUGUCUAUGUGUGACAGUUUGAAGAUUUGUAUGGGCAUCGUCCCAUCAGGGAUUGCAGAUGACAGACUUGUGUUAGGCGGUGUCACAUUGAGCUCCUUCAUCCAGCAUGAAAACUCUAGGAUUUUUCUUCUAGUGGAAUUACACAUUAUUUAACUUCUGUAACUUUGCAGCACCAUGGCACAGUGGUUUAAAAUGAGAACUUUUUGAGCAUAUAUUUUAAUAAAUGACGCUGUUACAGGA